AUCUGUAGAAAGUUGCUGAUUAGAUUCCACAUGUUGAGGCAUCAGGCCGAGCUGUGAUUGGCUGAGCUGCCCGCGGUUCAGCCAAUCAGAGCAGGGGGCGGGGUGAACAUCUGGGCGCUCUCCCUCCUCUUCCUCAGCUUCAUCUCCGCUCCUCUCUGCUGACGGGAAGCUGCUCCGCCGCUUAACUUCCGGAGUCUCGGCGGGAUGUCCACGAGCUGCGACCCGCGCGCCGCCUGAACUCACCUGGAGCGCGAGGCAGCGGAGGGCGGCGAGCGCGCGCAGGACGAGCCAUGAGGCGGCGGGAAGCGGCGGGGCGCGCGCUGGUGGGCUGGAAGCUGCUGCUGCUGGUCAGUGUGAGUCGCUGUAAAGAGCUGGACGGCGCCGCCAGGGGGCGCCACGUUCCCAUGUCUCCCUCCGACUUCCUGGACAAACUGAUGGGAAGAACGUCGGGAUACGACGCUCGGAUCCGACCGAACUUUAAAGGUCCUCCGGUCAACGUCUCCUGCAACAUCUUCAUCAACAGCUUCGGCUCCAUCGCUGAGACCACCAUGGACUACCGGGUGAACAUCUUCCUGCGGCAGCAGUGGAACGACCCGCGGCUGGCGUACUGCGAGUAUCCUGACGACUCUCUGGAUCUGGACCCGUCCAUGCUGGACUCCAUCUGGAAACCGGACCUGUUCUUCGCCAACGAGAAGGGAGCGCACUUCCACGAGGUCACCACCGACAACAAGCUGCUGCGCAUCUUCAAGGACGGCAAAGUGCUCUACUCCAUACGACUGACGCUGACGCUGUCGUGUCCCAUGGACCUGAAGAACUUCCCCAUGGACGUCCAGACCUGCAUCAUGCAGCUGGAGAGCUUUGGCUACACUAUGAACGACCUGAUCUUCGAGUGGCAGGAAAACGGGCCGGUCCAGGUGGCGGAGGGCCUCACGCUGCCACAGUUCAUCCUGAAGGACGAGUCGGACCUGAGAUACUGCACCAAGCACUACAACACUGGUAAGUUCACCUGCAUCGAGGUCCGGUUCCACCUGGAGCGGCAGAUGGGUUACUACCUGAUCCAGAUGUACAUCCCGUCCCUUCUCAUCGUCAUCCUGUCCUGGGUCUCCUUCUGGAUCAACAUGGACGCCGCGCCGGCCCGAGUGGCGCUCGGCAUCACCACCGUGCUCACCAUGACCACGCAGAGCUCCGGCUCCAGAACCUCGCUGCCCAGGUCGGUGUCCUACGUAAAGGCCAUAGACAUCUGGAUGGCCGUGUGUCUCCUCUUCGUCUUCUCUGCGCUGCUGGAAUACGCCGGUAACUUCGUGUCGAGGCAACACAAGGAGCUGCUGCGCUUCCGGCGCCAACACAAGAGCAAAACCAAGGAAGUGGAGGCCCAGGAGAGCCGGCCGGCGUCCGCAGCUGCGGUGACCUCCAUUCCCAGCAGCACCAAGGACACCAAAGUCAAUGCCAACAACGCUGUGGGAGCUGUCAGCAUCUCCCAGAAUGCACCUGGAAGGAGCACUGAGGAUAUGAGGAAGUUCAUCGACCGGGCCAAGAAGAUCGACACGUGUCGAGAGCCGGAUUCCCUCUGGCCUUACCUCUUCUUCAACAUCUUCUACUGGGUCCACAAGAUCCUGAGACACGAAGACGUCCACAAGCCCUGA